AUGGAGUCAUCAGAUGCGCUGAAAGGAUUUCAGCCACACUGUCUUCUUUUUACCAUUUAUUUGGGCAGCGCUUCUGAGCUGGCCUUCAUUAAAGAGCCUCAUGAUGUCAUUGCUGUAAGGGACCGCCCCUUGAUGCUGGACUGUGAGGUGGAGGGAGAAGGCCCUAUUACUAUUACCUGGCGGAGGAAUGGUGUACCUAUUCAGGUGGGCCCCAGAGUGGCCGUGUUAAGCAAUGGCAUGCUCCUGAUCCGAAACUUCCAGAAACGACGCGAGAGCAAUGAGACGGAUGCGGGAGAGUAUGACUGUGCUGCACAGAACCGCUAUGGCAUGCUGAUCAGCCGUAAGGCACGAGUGCAGUUUGCAUCUCUUCCCAAGUUUCACACCCACCCAGAGUCCAUGGCAGUGGAUGAAGGAGGGGUGGCACGCCUCCACUGUGCCAUAAAUGGAAUCCCUGAGGCUAGCAUCAUGUGGGAGAGGAACAGAACCACACUCAGCACAGAUAAUGACAGGUAUACUCUCCUGCCCAAUGGAAUUCUGCAGGUCACUGGUGUGCGUCAUGAAGACAGUGGAGUGUAUCGCUGUGUAGCCAAAAACAUCGCUAACACACGUUAUAGUCACGAAGCCCUGCUCACUGUGACUGUGGCAGCACCUCGUACCUAUAAGGAGCCAGUUAUUCUCUCAGGUCCUCAAAAUCUCACCAUCAACAUCCACCAGACUGCCAUCUUAGAGUGCAUUGCCACAGGCAACCCCCGACCGAUUGUGUCCUGGAGCAGGCUGGAUGGACGUUCUAUUGGAGUGGAGGGGAUCCAGGUGUUGGGCACGGGUAAUCUUAUGAUCUCCGACGUUUCCCUACAGCACUCUGGAGUAUACGUGUGCUCAGCCAACAGACCCGGAAGCAGGAUGAGACGUACCGCGUUGGGUAGACUGGUGGUACAAGCCCCACCCGAGUUCCUGCAGUGGCCGCAAUCCGUGUCUAAACCAGUAGGGGGCAGCGCAGUGUUUACCUGCCAGGCUCAGGGAGUCCCAGAGCCUCACCUCAUCUGGCUGAAAAAUGGCAAGAUCCUCACUCCUGGAGACAACGUCAAACUUACCAACAACAACAGCACUCUGGCUGUGACCCGGAUCACUGCUGAGGAUGAGGCCAUCUAUCAGUGCAUAGCAGAGAACAGCGCCGGCACCAACCAGGCCAGUGCACGCUUAGCUGUGUCCCAAUCUCCUGAGAAUCCGCAUCCUGAGGCUCCGCAGGACCUGACAGCCACACCGCUCACACACACAUCCCUGCAGCUCAGCUGGAACCAGCCUGAAAGCCACGUGACUGAAAACAUCAUCGGCUACGUCCUGCACAUCCGCAUGCUUGGCGGUGAGAGAGGACAGGAAUUUCUAGGGUUGUGGUAUCUGAUCAAUAAAAUUCACAUUAUUUCAUUUCCAGAGCCAGACAGUAAAGAGCUCCAGGAGGCUGUGAGUAAGGACACAUUCGAGCAUGAGUUUAAUAAUCUGGAACCAGCAACCACUUAUUCCAUUUACCUCAAAGCUUACUCUCCUCUGGGGGCCAGCCAGAAGUCCAACACUGUCAUUGCCACAACACUAGGGGGCGUUCCCACCAUGCCCAAUUUCUUCACUAAAGUUCUGAACAGCACGGCAAUGCAGAUUUAUUGGGAACUGCCCAGUAAACCAGGGAAGCUGGAAGGAUUUAAACUGUCGCACCGUGUCGUGCCUCAGGAGCAGUUUGGUCCAGAGGAGCUCUUCCCCAGCCACAUAAACACACACACCAUCUCACACCUCGAGCCAGCAGCUGUGUAUGAGAUCCAGCUGGUCGCGUUUAAUGGGAACGGAGACAGCAUCGGCAAUAAGCGCCUUGUCUCUUUGGCAGAGAAUGGAACAGGAGACAAGAACAGUGCUGGAGGGCAAAGCAUGUGUAACUGCAGGCAGGAUGGAGAGAGCUCUGUAACUGGCAUAGUGGUUGGCAUCCACAUUGGAAUGGCCUGCAUCAUCUUCUGCGUGCUGUUCCUCAUGUUCGCAUACCGCCGCAGGUGAGCUUUCCACUCCACAAAUACUUAUCCAAUCAGAGAGUCAUGCCAUUUAGUGUCAGUGAAGCUUUUCCUUCAGUGCUGAUCUGUAACCAGCUGUUUUACAUUCUGUUGGUCCAUGGUUUAAGCUGGGUGAAUUUGGUGGCAGGUUUGCACCAGAUUUGUACAGG